AUGUUCUCUUCAUCUUCCGUGAUUCGUUGUACUGUCCUCUUCUCAUCUGUCUUCUUCGUAGCAUCGCACCCAGUUCCUCAAACACCAUAUUCACAGAACGGAUUAGGGCAAUAUGGUAUGAUAGGUGGACAACCUGGCAUGCUGGGAGUACAACCUGGUCUGAUAGGCGGACAACCCGGUAUAAUCGGCGGACAACCCGGUAUGAUCGGCGUACAGCCUGGUCAACCUUACAUCAACGGUAUGGGAGGCGGUUCCUAUCCUUAUGGAUCAUCUUCGAGAAUCGCAGGUCACCAAGGUUACCCCGGAUUCGACGAGGGUUAUAAUGGGUAUCGUGGAGGAGAAGGACAAUAUAUACCUGGUACAGCAGGACGUACUGCAUCAAACGCAGGAAUCUUAGGUGCUACUGAAGGAGGCCACGGAGGAUUUCAUGGUGCUGGUGCUCAUCUAAGCAUUCCUAGUACUGGAUGGAUUAUGAUUUCUGGACUUGCUGGACUUUUGACUCUUGUUCUAUGA